AUGAGCCACUUGUAUUCUGUAUCUAAGAGUGGUGACCAAUUAUGUCCGCUAGGAUUUCAUCCUCAAGUGAGGUGGCCAACAAGAUGCAAACGCUGCUUUCGAGAUUAUAAAGAACACGGAUCAAGACGUGGAGACGAAAUAGCAUCUUCUACUCCAAGUCUCAAUAAAGAUUCUUUUGAAAAAACUAUACGUAGCUGGACGUCAACAUCUAAUUUAACUUCACAAGUGGAAAAUAAUAUUAUUGAAGUGAUUGCACCAUUAAAAAUACGACAAAGGCCUAGUUCUUGGUCAUCAACUCCCGAUUUAGACGAUUCACAAAAAAAUUCAAAAUCGUCAACAUCAACUAAUGAAGAAAUCAUUGUAAACGUGCAAAUUCCUGUUAGACGACAUAACACUGCAAAUUUAGAAAGUGUUGAAGAAUCCUUCACAAUAAAGCGACCAUCAUCUUUAUCAUCUGGUAUACAACAAAAAUUAACGAUAAAAACUAUUCCGCAAAAAUCUAUUGAUAAUAAUGAAGAGGUGAUAACAAUCAAUAAGACUGAUUCAUUAGCUGAAAGAGUUAGAAAAAUGCAGUUGAUAAAAAGGCAAGGGAGUUUAGAACGUGAAAUAUCUUCGAAUAAAGAAAGUUUAUCAUUAGAAAGCAAUGAAAAAGUUUCUGAUAAUUUUUAUCCGAACAAAAAUGUAAGCCUAAUAAAACAUAACUACAAUGAAAAGCUCCCACGACCAAAUCUACCUCCAAAUCUGCCUACGCGACCGGCACCAAAAAAACAAAUGGCUCUUGCAAAAACAUUAUCUGAUUCCUGUGCCAAUCCUAAAAAAGAUGUUCAAUUAUUAGUCAAAGAAAAAGAAAAUAGUAUGAAACUCAGUUCAUCUCUGAAGCUCGUUGAUGAUUCUAGUUUUCGUAUAAAAGAAACAGUAAUAGAUGAAAAAAACAGUGAAUUAAAAGAAGAAAAUCAUUUUCUGAAAUUUGAAUUAGAAAAAGUAAAAACGAGAUGCGAGAGAGCAGAAAGAGAAAAAUCUGAUAUUCUUUUACGACGUCUUGCAUCUAUUGAUACAACUUCAAACAGAUCAGCAGCAACAGAAGCAUUUAAAUUGCAACAGAAAGUCAAUGAAAUGAAACAACAAAUUGAAGUACUACAGGACGAUAAAAAAGAGCUAAAUUGCAAAUUAAAAGAAGUAUUUGAAAAGUUUAAUCAUCAAUCAAAAACAGUCGAAGAGACAUUAAGAAAUAAAUUAGAACAAGCAGAAAGAAUGUGCGACGCAUUGAUGGAUGAAAAUGAGGAUAUGAAACGAGAACUGAAAAAUAUGGAAUCAGAAAUGGAUGAAUUACAAGAUAAUUUUAGAGAAGAGCAAGCUGAUGAGUAUGUAACUGUUAAAAAAGAGUUAGAACAAACAACGAAAAACUGUCGAAUACUCUCUUUUAAAUUAAAAAAAUCAGAACGUAAAAUCGAGCAACUUGAAAACGAAAUACAAACAAAAGGAAGUCUAACAAACUCGGAAAUGGCGUUAAAAAUAAAACAUUUAGAAGAAGAACUUAAAAUAGCAAAUGAUAAUGCAAGAAAACAUCAAAUUGAAACAGAACAGCUUAAUAAUAAAAAACCACAGCAUUUGAGCAAAAUUGUAAAAUCGAAUUUAGAUAGUGGAAGUAAAUUUUCAAGAGAAUCAUUAACUCGUGGUGGAAGCCAAGAAGAUCCAAUACAACUCUUAAGGGAUUUACAAGACUCUGCUGAAAGAGAAGCUGAUUUAAGGGAACAGUUAAAGUUUGCAGAAGAAGAAGCUGAAGCUCUCAGAAAAAGAUCUUCUAGAGUUGAAGAAGAAAAUGAAUCUUUAAUUAUGCAAUUGAAAAAAAUGGCUACAAAAGCGAAAAGUCGUAAGCUUAGUCCACAUUUGUACAGACGAGAUGAUUUGGAAAAAGAUGAAGGAAUCUCAGAUGAAGAAGAUACAGCUGAAUUGAAGCUUCAACUUGAACUUAAUGAGCAAGAAACAGCAGUUUUAAGAAGAAAAGUUGAGGAUUUGGAAAAAGAAAAUGAAUUUAACAAAAGACAAAUUGAAGAGAUGCACGAAAAAUUUAAUAUUCAUCAAUUUCCGCCGUUUAAAAAUUCUACUAGAACUAAAAAUUUAGUAAAUGAUUAUUUAGGAAACGACAGAAAUAAUCAGCUUUCAGAAAAAGACGAUGAUGUUUGUUCUUUAUCAUCCUUAACAAAAAACACAAAUAAAACAAAAAACGUCAUGUCUAAAUUAAGUAGAUCUUCCCAAGAUGAUUUUACAUCAAUUGACACACAAAAUAGUGGUUUAAAAAAUGAUUUGAAAGUAGCAGAACAAGAGACAAAUAUCCUUCGUACUAAGGUUAAUAGUCUUGAACAAGAAAAUUAUAAACUAUUAGCGGAAAUAAAAAAAAAUCAGAUUCAAACAUCGAAAAAAUUCAUGAAAUUAUCAAACGCUGUUACUAACAGCAAGGAAAGUGAAACUCUAAAAGAUGUUUCAGAAAAAUUAAAAAAUGAAAACGAGCAAUUGAAAAUAAAACCAGAACUCUUAGAAUCUGAUGGAGUUAAUCUUCCUGAAAGAACACCUAAAAUUUAUUCUGAUUUAACAACUAAAUUUCAAUUAAAGAAAAUGAUUGAUUCAUUGGAAAACGAAAUUUUAGAAACGCGGACGAUUGUAUUAAAAUGUGUGUGUAAUGAACAAAAGCAGAAAGAAGAAACAAAUAACAUACUAAAGGAAGAAAUUUGUCACCUGCAAUCUCGUUUAGAAGCAUGCACAAGUGAACUAAAAUUAAAGGAAAACACAAAUACAAGUCUUACAAAAGAUUUAGAAACAAGGUUACAAACGGCUAUUGCAUAUGAAAACAAACAAAAUAGUACGAAGGUGAAGAAACUCGAAGAUAAAAUAGCAGCACAAGAACAAACAAUUACUCAAAACGAAAUCAUUAAAACAACUUUGGAACAACAAGUAAAGGAACAAAGUAAUAAGUUACUUAAAUCAGAGAGAGAAAUAGAAAAAAAUAAAACAGAAAAAACUAAAAUGGAAAAUAGUUUGUUGAGCAUUAAAAAAUCAUCAGAAGCGACUAUAAAUACUUUGAAGAAAGAAAUUGUUGAAUUAAAUAAUAAAAUAAAAGUAGAUACAACUUCGAAAAGAUUCCAAGAAAUCCAAAAUGAAAAGCACAAUUUAGAAGAAAGCUUAUCAAAAGAAACAAAAAAAAAUGUGCACCUCAAAGGACAAUAUGAACUUUUAGAAGAGGAACAUGUUCUUAUUAAGGCUCAAUUGACGACUGAAAAAGAAAAACUUGAAAAUGAAAUAAAAUCACUAUCUUGUAAAAUAAAGUUAAUUGAGACACAAGAUGCACAAGAAAGAUUGGAAAAGGACGAGCUUAAAAAGAAAAUUGUUGCAUUACAAAGAAAAUUAAAUGAAAAUGAACAUUCUUCACUAUCGAAAAUAUCAACAGCAUCGCAUGAAAUAGAAAAAACACGUUUAAAGGUCAAACUAGAGGAAAUGAAGGCAGAAUAUGAAAAGAUAUUGAAACAACAUGAAAUGGUUAUAGAUCAACUUUCAAAUGCACGCAAAGAAAAUGACGAUAUAAAAAGAAAACUAGAUGAUUUUGAAAGAAUUAAUAAAGCACAAAGAACUUUGAACGAUCACAACACAACUCUUGAAAACGAGCUCAAAAAAUUAAAAUCAAAAUUAGAAGCUUCAGAAAUGGCGGUUAAAGCUGAAGUCGCAAGUACGAGGCUUCGAUAUGAAACACAGUUGAACACUCUGCAAAAUGAACUAACAUCAGUGCAUCGUCAAUGUGAACGAUUCAAAAAAGAUAAAGACUCUUAUAAACAGUUAUUUGAAGCCGCUCAGCGAAAUAUUAGUGAAUUUAAGCAAAAUCGGAAAAACUAUAUAUCUACUUCAAGUGGAGAUGAGGAUGACAAAUCUAAAAUCAACGGUCUUGAACAACAAAUCGGAUGUCUUGAGGAUGAACUUAGUGAAUUAAGAUUGGAUGCUAGUAAACUUAAGACGGAACUAAUUUCAGAAAAAAGUGCAUUUCAAAUAAAAAUAUCUGAAAUGCAAUCAAAACUCAAUGAAUAUGAAGAAGACAGAAUUUUAGGAAAAUCGAAAGUUCCUGGUACUAAAACGCGAUUGGAGUUAUCUUGGCAAAAAGAAAGAGAGGAACAGCAGAGGCUCCUUUCAGAAACUGCAACAUUAGCUAGAGAUUUACGACAAACAUUGUUUGAAGUUGAAAGAGAACGUGAUAAGGAACGUCUAGAAUUACGGCGAAAAGUCGAACAAGUUAAGAAGUCUACUGAAGAAGAACUUGAAGAAGGGAGAAGAAAAAUUUCAGAGCUACAGAGUGAUUUACUUGAACUGAGAGAUGCUCAUGCAAAGCUGAGAACUGCUAAUGAAAAAAUUCGCCGUGAUCGAGAUCGAUAUGAGAAAGAGCGUGAUUCAAAUAACAAAAGAAAAUAUGAUUUGAUUACAGAGAAAAAAGUUGCUGUUCUAUUGCAAACUGUUGAUGAGCUUAUAAAGAUCACACCGAAUUUACAUACCUUUUCAAAAGAUGCUCAAUUUACUUCAUACACAUCUCUAUCCAUUCCAAACCCCCCUCGUAGAAGUAAAAGUAGAAGUCCAUCUCCUACGCUAAACUCAGCUACACAAAUAUCAACAGUAUUAGCAAAAUUAGCAUCUGCAUCCGAAGAACUUAGGAAAAAUCAGCGGUUAUAUGACGAAGAAAAAGAAAGGGAAAAAGUAAGAAGAAGUGGGAUGAGACGAGCAGCAUCACAAGAGCAUGAAAAUGGUUUAGAAGUGAAUGCUAACAGACCUAUUGCCAGAUUAAGUAGAUUGACUCAAAACAGUUUAUACAGAAAGAGUUUAUCACUAGAUCAAUCCAUUCAAAAUGAGCAGCAUCAACAAAUAUGGAAGGAUAGCGAUGUUGGUUCAAUGUCAUCUGUGCAAUCAAUCGAUUCUGAAUAUAGUAUAAGACGUGGAGAUUCAAGUAUAGAUUCUCGUUUAUCAGUAGGUUCAACUCAAAGUGAUAUGCCGAAUAGAAGAAAAAAGAAAAAAGGAAUCAUGGGAAAAUUAAGAAGUCUCACUAAAAGUACUAGAGGAACGGAGAGUGAUAUAUCACAUCAAUUGUCAGAUUCAGAUGUAAGCCUAGCAGGGGAUGUUCGAACAAGCAAAAAAGAUUUCAAAGAAAGAAUUUCCGGUAUAUUCAAACGUUCUGGAAGCACAAGCAGAGCUGGAAGUCAGGAGAAGAAUUUAAAUGAUUCAUUCCAAAGACCAGGAUCUUUAUCAACACUUCUACCAAAUACGACAAUUCAAGAAAGUUUACCAAAGACAAAACCUCCUACAAGCCAGAAAAAAGUUGGAACGAAGUCAAAUAUUUGA